AUAUUAAAUUUCUGGUGUUAAUAAUCUUGUUAUGUGUGUUGAAAUAUUGUUUACAAUUAUACCAGGAAAGUGCUAUCAAUUUCCUGCUGCUGUUAUCUGAAAUUCUUCAACAGCUAGAGAGAUACCGACGAGUGUCGUGGUGCAGAAUACUGUUGCUGGCAAGGUAAAUGAAUACGUAGGAUCGCUCGGUUGAGUGGUAGUCUGCGGUUGAUAAGAGGAUUCCAGGCGGUAACUUCGAACGUCCCUAUUGGUGGCUAUUUGGAGAGAACGGUCCUUCAGCCGGAGCAUCCAACUCUGAAGAAUCCGAUGUUCGCAGUUCAAAGUACAACAUCAGUAUCGUUCGAUCGUUCCUCUGGGAACUUUGCAUCCGAUUCGAAAUUGAAGGUGGUUUGGUUAAAAAAGCAGUUACCACAAAAGUGCGUUAUCCCUUAUUCUGUUAAAAGAAAAGAAUAAAAAUUAUGUACAUUUAUUAAAUAAUCGUCAUUAUUUUUACAAAUAUUAUCAUUUUUGCACAAACUAAAAAUAAAAAAAAAUUAUUUUAAGUGUAAUAUCUCAUAGUAUAUUGGAAGAAAAUUUGAACACAUACCUUUACUCAAAGGAAGAGGAAUGGUUUUGCAGUGAACUUUUGUUAAAUAGUUAUAACUUCUUUUUUAUAAAUGUGUGAUUUAUAAGUUUUACCUAAAUUGGAAAUUGCAUUCAAUAAAAUAAACCUGAAAUCAUUGCAUAUAUAUCUGAAGUCAAUCAAAUAUAUCUAAAGUGCAAGGAAAUUUCUCAUUAUUUUAUCCAAGUUUUUCUAUAAAUUAUAUGGCCAGUGCAAUUCAUAAAAUUCCUUAAAAUGCAACAGGAAUUUAUCAUGCGAGGCCCAAAGUAUUGGUUGCUGCUGGUCGCGGGUACAUUUUUCAUCUGUUGUUUGUGGAAGAUCGGAUCGAUCAGCCGCUGGAGCUCCAAUAUGCGCGCAAAAGCAUUGAUCCAUUUCGAUCUGUCGAUUCCAUCGUCGCCGUCAUCGACACCGCGUCGUCCUCCUUUCGACAGAAUCAAUGCGAGACUCUCGCGCGACGCUGCCCGCCGGAAACACCGGGGAACUCUAUCGAGAUACAUGCUGCAAUUGUACCAUCGCCGUCCGGACGCUGACAUCGUCCGGGCUAUCCAGCCAGUGCACACUUCUGGUCCUCUCUGCGACGGCGGAAGGAUCUUGGAGUUUACGAUUCCAUCCGUCGACGCGGACGAAACGCUUGAAGCCGCAGAGUUGCUCGGAAUAGCCGGCGCGAUAGUCAGAGUGCGAUCGUUAAACGAUCUGCCGGUGAGGAACAGGAGCGAGGAGAUCCUGAAGUCGAGGAAGGACGACGCUUGGCGGGCCUUUGAUGUCACGUCCGUCGUCGCCGACAAGAAGAGCGACAUCGUCAAGCUCUAUGUUCACGGCCGACUGACUUAUCAUCCUUACGGCGACAGUCCAAUUCUGCUGCUGAACUAUAGUAAGACGAGAAGGGUUCAGCGUCGUCGUCGAUCGACGGAGGAUCAGGAGGAACGCUGGAAAGAGGAUAUUCCGCGUAGACGACGCCGUAACAACUGCCGCCGGCGUCCGAUGUACGUGGACUUCGCGCUGAUCGCCUACGACGAAUGGGUGGUCGCACCACCCGGAUACGAGGCUUAUCAAUGCUCCGGCAAGUGCUUCUUUCCGUUCAGCGAUCAUCUUAGCCCGACGAAACACGCGAUAGUGCAAACGUUAGUGCAUAGCGCUCUUCAAACUAAUGAGGACCUCAACAGCAACAAGUUCGUCAGCAGAGCCUGCUGUGUUCCUACUAGAUUAGCACCCACGAGCCUGCUUUAUCUGGAUGCGAGUGGCACAUUGACUUAUGAAUACGGUUACGAAGACAUGGUCGUCUCCGAGUGCGGUUGCCGCUGACGGAUAGAAAUGAUGAAUAGUUUUCGUUUUUUAUUAUAACAGAACCAGAGCGCUUAUCUAUGGCGCAGAAAAAUUAGCAUAUUCUCGAGAUAAAAAAUGUAAAAUAUAAAUACAGUUAAACCUCGAUAUAACAGACCUUGAA